AUGACCGUCACAUAUGAUACUCCCACCCGGGGGUCACAUACCUCCAUGGCCACCCUCGAAGACCGGUUCGAGGUAAUCAAGGAAAUUGGAGAUGGAAGCUUCGGCAGUGUUGCCGUCGCACGGGUACGGACAGCCGGCGCUCACAUCGCUCGGAGAGGCACUAUGGUUGCGAUCAAGACCAUGAAGAAGACCUUUGAGUCCCUAGGUCCAUGUCUGGACCUCCGAGAGGUUAUCUUCCUCCGAACAUUACCUAUCCACCCUCACCUUGUCCCCGCCCUCGACAUCUUCCUCGACCCGCUCUCCCACAAGUUGCACAUUUGCAUGGAAUAUAUGGAUGGCAAUCUGUAUCAGUUGAUGAAGGCCCGUGAUCACAAGUACUUCGACGGCAAACACGUCAAGAGUAUCUUGUACCAGAUCUUGUCCGGUCUAGACCACAUCCAUGCCCACCACUUCUUCCACCGCGACAUCAAGCCCGAAAACAUCUUGGUGUCAACCUCCGCCCCUAACGACUCCGCCUUCAGCCGCUAUUCUAACCUCGUCACCCCUCCCUCCACUCCCCCUGUCUACACCGUGAAGAUUGCCGAUUUUGGUCUUGCACGUGAAACCCACUCAAAACAACCAUACACAACCUAUGUCUCUACACGAUGGUACCGUGCACCCGAAGUGCUUCUACGCGCAGGAGAAUACUCGGCUCCAGUCGAUAUGUGGGCGAUGGGUGCGAUGGCCGUUGAGAUUGCUACGCUGAAGCCCCUGUUCCCCGGAGGCAAUGAGGUGGACCAGGUGUGGCGCGUGUGCGAGAUCAUGGGCAGCCCCGGAAACUGGUACAGCAAGGCCGGUGCGAAGAUCGGUGGAGGUGAAUGGCGUGAAGGUUCUCGCCUGGCCCACAAGCUGGGCUUCACCUUCCCCAAGAUGGCACCGCACGCGAUGGAAUCCAUCCUCCAGCCUCCUCUGUGGCCCUCUGCUUUCGCUGAAUUUGUCACAUGGUGUCUGAUGUGGGACCCGAAGAACCGCCCAACCUCGACGCAGGCCUUGAACCACGAGUAUUUCGCCGAUGCUAUCGACCCCGUGCGCCCCAAGUCCUCCACCUCGUCGAGACUCUUGGGCCGCAAGCAGUCCGAGAAGAGCUUCAAAUCACCUGCACUUACCCCUGGAGACUCUCCCACGCUUUCGUCCAAGCCUUCUUGGUUCCGCAGGUCAUUGAUUGCCCGCUCCGACAGCCCUGCUCCUCCUGUUGAGGAAGCCCCUGUCAGGCAAUCGGCAGUGACCCAGAUCACUGUCCCUGAAAUCAUGCCUGUCAAGCCCCGUCCCGCCAAUACCAAACGGGCGACAUGGGCCAGCGGUGCUCCCAUGCCAAUUCUUCCUUCCAUUCGUCCAGUAUCUCCCUUGUCGAACUCUGUCACUGCGCAGGCCAAUGCCACAGUAGCUCACAGCGAAAGCUCCAAGUCAUCGGAUACCUCGGCCAGCACCAAGAUUGGGCGCCAGCUUUCUGUCAACUCCAAUGGGAAUCACUACUCAGACUCGAACCGCCAAGAGGCCGAGAGAAUGCUCAAUGGCUCUGGAAGCAACACUCCCACAACCAAAGAAAGCUUCUUCUCGCACCUUCGAAAGCGCGCUCGCAGAUUGUCUGGACGCAACCAGAAUGCGCCAGCCGACGACGUUGAAGCUAACGCGGGUUGCAUCCCUUGGUCGAACCGUUCAUCAAUGGCCCUCGAUGGCCCAACCAGUGAGCCCAAGCAAGGUGGUGAUCUGAGCGAGCUGGACCGCGCACUGCAGACCGUCAAAUACUCAUUAGAUUCCUCUACUCUCAGCAAUGUCCCAGUGCACCUGAGCAAUGGUGCUGACGUCCAAAAGCGCCAGUCCAUGCCUCAGGCCACUGCCAAUACCUCUGCACCGAUCUCCAGCCGAACUCGCCGAGCCAAGCAAAUGACGACUCAUCCCGUGCACCGCUACGAGACCCCCGAGGAAGAGGAUGAGCUCCUGGACGAGGUCCUACACUCUGCCAGCAAGGCUGCAAGACGUCUCGGCCAGACCCAAUCGAUGGCUGUCGACCCUUCCAGUCGCACUUCGCGCACUCUGCCCAACCCCUAUCCCACACCGUCACCGACUGCCAAGGAAAACGCUACUUUUGGCCAGCAAUCGACGCCUAGCAAGAUGGGCAUCCAGAAAAUGGAUCAUGCAGCUGCUACUCGUCACUGGCCUACACCCCCUUACGAGGAAGCUGAGUUCCACAACAAGAAGUCUGAUUACUUCGCCCGUGGAUCCAACUUCAUCUAA